AUGACUUGCUGUGAGGGCUGGACGUCGUGCAAUGGGUUCUCCCUGCUGGUGCUGAUUCUGCUGGGUGUCGUACUCAACGCCAUCCCUCUGGGCAUCAGCUUGGUGGAGGAAGAUGAAGCUUUCCAGAACCCCAUCUCUUGCUACGAGUGGUGGUUCCCGGGGAUUAUAGGAGCGGGUUUGAUGGCUAUUCCGGCAACAACCAUGUCCCUGGCAGCAAGAAAACGAGCAUGCUGCAACAAUAAGACCGGGAUGUUUCUGUCCUCACUUUUAAAUGUCAUCACAGUCGUCGGCGCUGCGUAUUGCAUGUUGGUGUCCCUGCAGGCUCUCGCAGAAGGCCCCCUCAUUUGCAAUUCUCAAAGCAACCAUACAGCUACCUGCGAGUUUUCGCUGAGAAACUUAAGCAACUUUCAUCCAGAAUCUUUCAAUCUGCAGUGGUUCUUGAAUGAUUCUUGUGUAGCUCCCACUAGAAUCGAAAACCCCACCGCCAAAGACAUUGCCCGUAAAUGGGGAAUCCCAAGCUCCAACUCGGAGGAAGACAGAUACAGGAUCUUCCACUUCUCAGUAUUCCUAGGUCUGCUGAUGGUUGGGGUCCUUGAAGUCCUCUUUGGGCUCAGCCAGAUAGUCAUUGGUUUUCUUGGAUGUUUGUGUGGUGUUUCUAGGCCAAGAAGUCAAAUUGUGUAGUUGUAUGGUAAUAAAACAGAAGCAGCAGCAUUUUGAAUAAUUUGAGAAUUACAUUUCAAACACAUGCCCUUUGAAGCUCAAUAAUGGAACGUACAGAAGUGUGAGUGUAAAAGGUUGCU